CUCGAAAUCCCUUAACUCUAUCUCCAAAACCCACAAAACACCCUUCUUUGCUCUUGAAUUCAGCUUACCCUCAUCCACAUGAUAGUUAACAGGAAAACCAAAAACUUUCAAUGAAGAGUAAUUAGCAGGCUUACCAUACCACACCUCAUAAGGAUUAUUACACUCGAUACCUGUGUAAGGUCCACGGAUGAUGAGGUAGCAUGCCAUGUUUACUACUUAUGCCCAGAACCUCCUUUCUAGUCUAGCAUUAGAGAGCAUGCAUCUUGCUCUCUCCAACAAUGUUUGGUUCAUCCUUUCUGCAACGCCAUUCCGCUGUGGUGCGUCUCUAACGGUCCUGGGAAUCACUUCAUCCUUGGAGAAAUCGUUGAACUUAGAAACCACACAUCGCCACAAUGUGCCUUCUCAUCUACAGCCAAGGCGAGAUCGUCUUCAAAACUAUUGUCCACUUCUGCAACGACAGAACAUUGAUUCUUCUGAUGCCCUCUCCUUCUGAGACAGUUGUACUUCUAAUGCCCCACUUCCUUACAAAUGUGACAGACAUCGCUUGGCUGCAGACCGGACCCGUAGAAUUCGAGUUUCUAUUUGAAUUCCCUUUACCAGAUUUCUUCUUUCCCUUUCCGCCUGUAACAACCAACCUCGAUGCUACACCACCCAUACCAGAUCCGAACGCCUUAUGUUUGAUCUCUAUCGUGUGAAGAGCAUAUCUGACAUCCUCCAACAACAAGCUAUAUUUACCAACAAUAAAAGAAUCCAUGAAAUUCUCAUAUGAACUUGGCAACAUCUUCGUCAUCAAUCUUAACAUCUAUAUUGCGUAAAUCUAACAAAAUAGAAUUAAGUUGCUCCAUAUGUUCCCUCAAAGGUGCACCUUUUUGCAUCCUCAAGCUAAACAACUGUUGCUUGAGAUGCAACUUGUUGGUUAGAGACUUAGUCAUGUACAGACUCUCCAGUUUUAACCACAAGCCCGCGACAGUCUUCUCAGCAGCGAAUUCAAUGAUGACAUUAUCAGACAGUGAUAACAUGAUGGUUGAGUGGGCCUUCUCCUCCAGGGUAUUUCACUCAUCGUCAUCGACCACUGCCUUCUUCUGUUUCGCAGACAUCGGCCCCCACAGCCCUUGUUGUUCCAAUAAAGCUCGCAUCUUGAUAUGCCAUAUAGCGAAAUUGUUCUUUCCCGUGAACUUAUCGAUCAUCAUGUUUACUAACGUCAUUCUUCAGAAUCAAAACCCUAGCUUGAUUUCCAACCAGGCUCUGAUACCACUUGUCACGACUGCGGAUCGAGAAAUAGGAGGAUUUGACAAUGUAAGAAACGAAAGUAUACACACACGACACACGAUUCACAUGGUUCACUAACACAAUGUGUGUUAGCUAGUCCACUGGCAGGAGAGAGCCAAUUUCACUAUACUUUGAGCAGAUACAAAUUACAGAGGAGUAUGAGAAGUAUUUAUAGUACUUCUCCUAUAGGUCUAACCCUAAUCCAAUAUGGUAAAGGAAAAGUGGUUACAACCAGGCCCAGAACUCGAACCCAAAUAACAUUGACCCCGUGGCGUUCUACGUAGCGCCUGAUAGUCCGAUUCAAAUCAUAUCAACAAUGUAAAUGGAAGGGGUCUGAACAUAAACAACACGGUCUGCACGUAUACUUAUUGACUUUGUUCUCCUUAAGAUGUAACCAAUGAUUCAUGUCAUUAAGCAGCAUAGCGAUGUAAUGGAUGGGCUGAAAAUAAGUUAGAUCUCAUUUUGGCUCAUGAUAAUAAGUGAUAAAUCAUUUGAUCCCAAUAACUAAAGUUGUCUGAAUUUCAAAUAAUUAAUCUAACAUUAUCAUAUUAUCGAUGCAUUUCAAACAAUGGUCUGUCAUCAGUUUAAAUUUGUAGCCCCGUCAUUUUCUUCUUCGCAUUAUAUAAAACUAGCUAGCCUUUGUAUCUGUUUCAUGCACGUCGUUAAGUGAUAAUAGUAGAAUCGCCAUUUGGCAUCCUCGAAUCUUGCUGCAAUAUAAAAGUAGUGAGGAAUUGAUAAUGUUAUCUGUAGCCAGCAUUGGGGGACGCACAGGCUAUAUAUGAGGAGGUCGAUCGAGGUAGCAAGCUAGAUCAUCAGUAGGUCUAGGACCAGAGAAAGAAGGCCAAAACAGAGUAUCAUGCAUGCAUAUGAUCCGAAUCCAUAAGAUAUAUAUAUAUUUGUUUGGGUUCAAAGGAAAAGGGUGAAAUUUGUAAUGCAGGAUAAUGCAUACUACUGGACGAUCAGUGGGGUUUAUGAAUUAUGAUCCAAUUAUCUCAUGCAUGCACAUAAAUAGGUAGCAGUCGCAACGUGGGAAUAUAGAGAGAGUGGAGAAGAAGUGGUAGCUAGCAUGGAGUUGAAACCAACGGCGUGCAUCUACAUUAAUGGCAAUAAUCUUCUAGCUAGGGAUGGGUGGGUGAAUCUAGGUCGAUAGCCAUCUCCUUGCUCCAUAAAAUACCUCCAUAUCUCCCUCAUUUGAGAUUUGAAUUUAAAUAGAGCACAUCUACUAUGCUAUAUAGUAUUGGUGUUUUAAUGUACAACUUGAAGUUGUAUCAUAAUAUUAAAUGUAUAAGUUCAGA